AAUCACUUAAAUUUUAAUAAGCACGCAAAUUUCCAUAAGAGGAUUUUUAAGUAUCUUGUCAGUUUGUAUACAUGCUUCAGUACUAACCUCACACAGUAAAGCUAAUUUUGAAGGUUUCCAGUUAUUCCGGCAGCAUCAAUCCAUUUUUGUCUCAGAUCAGUUUGGAUCUUGGGUAUAUGUUGUGCAGCAAUAUCCGUCUUUAUUAGAGUUCGUGCAUUUGAAAGCACUGCACCCGACAAGCAUUUUACAAUAUGCACAAAUCCUGAUAUUUGAAAUGUAAAACUUUGUAAUUUUAUUUCAUGUAUAUAUGUACAAUAGAGGAAGGUAUAUACUUCCAAGAUUAAUGAUAUGUCACUUACAAAGACCUUAUCAAUUGAGAAGGAAAUUGCAGCACAAGGUGACAAUAGCGUAUUGCUUUUGCAAUCAUCUAACCUAAACCCUAGGCAUUCAUACCCCCAUGGGUCUACGAAGCUUGAUUACCAGAUCCAAUCAGAGGAGACCGGGUCACGUGAUGCAAUUUGCCACUCUCUCCCUGCUCUCUAGGCCUAAAUUACGUCAUGUGGAGAGAUUAGCCAUAAACAUCUAUUCGGCGGCGACUCGGUCACUGGCCGCAACGUGUUCGUGCAGUCGCUUACGAUCUUCCCAUAUGACCUAGCGUGCUUUGACUUCAGUCCACUUUUCUUUGAUCAGCCGAAUCUUACAAAAAGUGCCGACGGCAGCCAGUAGUUUUCGUCAUUAUAUGCCGGCGGCAAGAACAAACUUUUUUCUGAAAAAUGCGACCAUCAAAGUGUUAACAAAGGUAAAUGCAGCGAUUUGCCUGACUACUUACAGAAAUGCUAUAUAUAAUGGCGUUACAGGUUCUAUUGUAAUGCCGGCUACUUAUAUUAGACUUCAAUGUAAGCCACUUCAUUGCUAGAGUGUCACAAUGGAAGUAUCUGAAAAUGAAAGUACAGCACGAAGAUUGUACAUACGUUGUAUGCCCCAAACGUAUCAAAUGAGCGACUUUAAGACGUAUCAAAUGAGAGAUUUUGUCGUAUUUUCUAGAAUCAGUACUGGCGAUAGCAUUAAGCGAAUAUCUGGGCACCACGAAAGAGGAGAUUUAAACGUGGAUGAUAACGAAGCUAUGCAGAACGAGGAUAGCGACAAUGACAUUACAGAAGACGAUACUUCUGAUUGGAAGACAUGGACUAAUACAAUUUAUGCUACCGCUCAAGACAUUAUUGGUAUUAUGCGACCACAUUUUGGAAUAGGUUCAACGAUAGCUACGGCUUCAUCGGUUGAGUUAGAGUUAGAUAACUUGAAAAAUAGAUCGUUUAAAAAUCAAUUGUCAAUGCGGAUUGAUAAAUUUGUCCUCCAACAUUUAGAUCAUCUGGAGGGUAAACCGACUUGCCUCACGAAAGUGAUCUGCCAUCCAUUAACAACUACAUUAUAGAAGACUUUGCUUUUCAGUAAGAAAAAAUGGAUAUUUCUGAGCAUUGUAGAGAUUCAGACAUACGGGACUAUAAUGAGUUAGCUGCAAAAAUUGAUUCCGAACAUCAACAUCGACAUCGGUUACAAAGUUCAAGAAAUGAAUCAAAAUUAACCUGUGAAAGCAAUGCUAGUUUCAAUACUAGCAUGCCAACAGAUUAUCGUACAAAUAAUAACGACAAAUAAUAAUGACGUUCGAGCAAGCACUGUUGAUUCGUGUAACCUUUGGAAUAUGUGCAAGAACUGGCGUAGAUUAACCAUUAAAAAAUCAAAGGAAAUCGCUGAACCAAAAAAAUCACAGGCAAAAAAGAAAUCCAAGGCAACGUAUUUGGAUAAAUACCCCGAUGGCAAUUCAUGAAAGAUUCGCAGAUAUCUAGGCUUCCUAUUUUUAAGAAUGGCUUUUUUUAUCAACCUAUAUGAAUGGGAAAAUUUAAGCUUAAUGUAAAGCGUAUUUGCGCGUUUGAUUCAUUAUUUCAAGUGUUAAUGAGCAUCACUGCUUCAAAUGCAGAAUAUCAUGAGAAACUUUCAAAAUCAAAUCAGACAAUAAGAUUAGAAAGAUUUGAAAAUCUUGCAUGGUAAAAAACUACUGACAAUAAACUGUUAUAAAGAGAGAGCAGAAAUGCUUUCCAGUAUUGGACUUUUCAGAGAUGCGAUGAAACUCUUUACGAGAACAAUAAAACAAUUAAAUACUGAAUAAAUAACAAUAAAUAAAGGGCAAAAUAAGAU